AUGGCCGAUCUUGUAAUUGGUGCUACUGUUAAAGUUGUGCUUGAUAAACUGCUUUCUCUCACUAUUGAGGAGGCCAAGAGUUUAAGGAACUGCAAGAAAAAUCUAAGAAUUCUGACAAAAUAUGUAUCCAUGAUUCAAGCUCUCAUUCAUGAUGCUGAAAGACGACAAGUUGAUGAUCAGGCUGUUGAACAAUGGCUCAAAAUGCUUGAGAGAGUUGCUGAAGAUGCUGAAAACGUGUUUGACGAAUUCAGAUAUGAAUAUCUCAAAGCACAAGUGAAGAACAUCCGAACCAAACUAAUGGAAAAGGUCAGCAGCUUCUUUUCUCAUACUGCUUUUAAGUAA